CCCCCCCGCUAUAGCACAGCCCUCCCCAUCGCCUCCCUUCUCUGCCUGUCGCAAUGGACUCUCCCAGCUCUGGGUGCGUGUGGCUGAGGCUGCAGCGCUGACGCCGGGCUGGUACCCGAGGGUUGAUCUGCUGCUGGAUCCCUACGAGCAUCAUUCAUCCCUACGAGCAUCCUUCAUCCCUACGAGCAUCCUUCAUCCUCAGAGCAUCCUUCAUCCUCCUCGGUACAUCCAGCAUUGGAGCAGACCACGCACUGACACAGCUGUGUGCCAGGCGGAUGGGUAGCGCUGCUGCCCAACCCCCCGCAUCCAACCGCAGCCCCCAACUGUGAGGGCUGGGAUCCAAGACCCCCCCCACACCCCAAAUCCCUCCUCCAACCCAAAGACACCUGAAGGUCUCACCCCAACGUCACCAUGGACGAGAGCUUCCGAGACAGGACGGCCUUCAUCCGCGGUGCCAAAGAUAUCGCCAAGGAGGUGAAGAAACACGCGGCCAAGAAGGUGAGCAAAGGGAUGGAGAGGAUGCAGGAUGAAUACACCAAGAGAUCCUACAGCCGCUUCGAGGAGGAGGAGGAUGAUGAAGAUUACGCACCUCAGGAUGGAUAUUACCGAGGUGGAGAAGGGGCUGCUGAAGAGGAGGGGGCUUCGAGCGACGCCACCGAAGGGCACGAUGAGGAGGAUGAGAUUUACGAGGGGGAAUAUCAAGGGAUCCCACGGCAGGACUCGAUGAAGGGAGGAGAGAGGCUGGUUAGGGAUGUGACCCCCGGGGCCUUCGAUGACAGCGAGGGGCAGAGGAGGAAGGAUAAGGAGGAGCUGGCGCAGCAAUACGAGCUGAUCCUGCAGGAGUGCGGCCAUGGCAGGUUCCAAUGGAGCCUGUAUUUUGUGCUGGGGUUGGCGUUGAUGGCUGAUGGAGUGGAAGUGUUUGUGGUGGGAUUCGUGCUGCCCAGCGCCGAGAAGGACAUGUGCCUGUCUGACUCCAAUAAGGGAAUGUUGGGGCUCAUCGUUUACCUGGGCAUGAUGGUGGGCGCGUUCCUGUGGGGCGGGCUGGCCGACCGCCUGGGCCGAAGGCAAUGCCUCCUCAUCUCCCUGUCCGUCAACAGCGUCUUCGCCUUCUUCUCCUCCUUCGUGCAGGGUUACGGCACCUUCCUCUUCUGCAGGCUGCUCUCAGGCAUGGGCAUUGGGGGUUCCAUCCCCAUCGUUUUCUCCUACUUCUCGGAGUUCCUGGCGCAGGAGAAACGUGGGGAGCACCUGAGCUGGCUGUGCAUGUUCUGGAUGAUCGGUGGUAUUUUUGCUUCAGCAAUGGCUUGGAGCAUCAUCCCACAUUACGGCUGGAGCUUCCAGAUGGGCUCAGCUUAUCAGUUCCACAGCUGGAGGGUCUUUGUCCUGGUGUGCGCCUUCCCCUCUGUCUUUGCCAUCGGGGCUUUGACCACGAUGCCCGAGAGCCCCCGCUUCUACCUGGAGAAUGGUAAACAUGAUGAGGCCUGGAUGGUGCUGAAGCAGGUUCACGACACCAACAUGAGGGCAAAGGGGCACCCCGAGAGGGUCUUCUCGGUUACCCACAUCAAGACCAUCAAGAGGGAGGACGAGCUGAUCGAGAUCCAGGCGGACACGGGAGCGUGGCAUCGCCGCUGGUGGGUGCGCUGCCUCAGCCUCUCACAGCAGGUUUGGAGUAACUUCCAGCAGUGCUUUGCCCCCGAGUACCGACGCAUCACGCUGAUGAUGAUGGCUGUGUGGUUCACCAUGAGCUUCAGUUACUACGGACUGACCGUGUGGUUCCCAGACAUGAUCAAACACCUUCAGAACAUCGAAUACGCGUCUCGUACCAAACUCUUCACCCGCGAGAAGGUCCGACACUUCACCUUCAACUUCACCCUGGAGAAUCAGAUCCACCAGGGAGGGGAGUACUUCAAUGACAAGUUCAUUGGGUUGAAGAUGAAGUCGGUGACGUUCGAGGACUCGCUGUUUGAGGAUUGCUACUUUGAGGACGUGACAUCCAGUGAAACCUUCUUUGAAAACUGCACCAUCAUCUCCACCAUCUUCUACAACACAGACCUCUUCGAGUACAAGUUCAUCAACAGCCGCGUGUUGAACAGCACCUUCCUGCACAACAAGGAGGGCUGCCAGCUGGAUUUCAGCGACGACAACAACGCCUACAUGAUUUAUUUCGUCAGUUUCCUGGGUACCCUGGCUGUGCUGCCCGGGAACAUCGUCUCGGCGCUGCUCAUGGACAAGAUCGGCCGCCUCCGGAUGCUGGCCGGUUCCAGCGUCAUGUCGUGCGUGAGCUGCUUCUUCCUCUCCUUUGGGAACAGCGAGUCAGCCAUGAUCGCGCUGCUCUGCCUCUUCGGGGGGGUCAGCAUCGCAUCCUGGAACGCCCUGGAUGUGCUCACGGUGGAGCUGUACCCAUCUGAUAAGAGGUGA